UGUGAGAGAGAGAGCGAGAGUUUGUCUGCUCCGUUUUGUCAGCAAAUUUUGAGCGUCUGUGAAUUUUUCGUGGUUUUUUGUUAUUAUCCUUAUUAAAAACAUUAAAAACUCGAUUGCAAUUUGUUAUUUAACCAUCUUAGUAGUGAACAAUGGUUGUGAUUGUGUUGAAAUCCUUUGAGAAACGCCAAUAAUCAGGCAAAUAACAUCCGUGUUCCUUUUUCGCGUGUUUGUGUGUACCAUACAAGAGUGUGUUUACAUUUUUUCAAUUCCUCCCAACAAUAUAAAAAACUAAACAAUCAAAUUCAUGGUUUAACAAACAUUAUUCCGAGCUCAAAGCAAUUAUUUUAUUAGAUCCAAUUUGAAGCUCAAAUCCUCUGCUAACUGACUGCCAAAAAAAAAAGUGUGCUCACCAUGAGCAGUCGAGCACAAUGGCUGCUGCUUGGCAGUUGCCUCGUGUUACUAUUCUCAGAAAUACAGGCAGUCACCGAGGAACUUUCACCAGAUCAUGUGCGGGAGUUUAACUGCGGCAAGCUGUACUACCGGACGUUCCAUAUGAACGAGGAUCGGGAUACGCUCUAUGUGGGCGCCAUGGAUCGCGUAUUCCGUUUGAGCCUGCAAAAUAUCUCCUCUUCCAAUUGUAAUCGGGAUGUGAUCAACUUGGAGCCAACGCGCGACGAUGUGGUUAGCUGUGUUUCCAAGGGAAAGAGUCAGAUUUUCGAUUGCAAGAACCAUGUGCGUGUCAUCCAGUCAAUGGAGCAGGGCGAUAGGCUCUAUGUGUGCGGCACCAACGCCCACAAUCCCAAGGAUUAUGUUAUCUAUGCGAACCUGACUCACCUGCCGCGCUCGGAAUAUGUGAUUGGCGUUGGCCUGGGCAUUGCCAAGUGUCCCUACGAUCCCCUGGACAACUCGACGGCAAUUUAUGUGGAGAACGGCAAUCCUGGCGGCCUGCCUGGCCUGUACUCGGGCACCAAUGCGGAGUUCACCAAGGCGGAUACGGUUAUUUUCCGCACAGAUCUCUAUAAUACUUCGGCUAAACGCUUGGAAUAUAAAUUCAAGAGGACCCUGAAGUACGACUCCAAGUGGCUGGACAAACCCAACUUUGUGGGCUCCUUCGACAUUGGGGAGUACGUGUACUUCUUCUUCCGUGAAACCGCCGUGGAGUAUAUUAAUUGCGGCAAGGCCGUCUACUCACGCAUCGCCCGUGUUUGCAAGAAGGAUGUGGGUGGAAAGAACCUGCUGGCCCACAAUUGGGCCACCUACCUGAAGGCCCGGCUCAACUGCAGCAUCUCCGGCGAGUUUCCGUUCUACUUCAACGAGAUCCAGUCGGUCUACCAGCUGCCCAACGACAAGAGCCGCUUCUUUGCCACAUUCACGACGAGCACUAAUGGCCUGAUUGGAUCUGCCGUAUGCAGUUUUCACAUUAACGAGGUUCAGGCUGCCUUCAAUGGUAAAUUCAAGGAGCAAUCCUCAUCGAAUUCCGCUUGGCUGCCGGUGCUGAACAAUAAGGUCCCGGAACCGCGGCCGGGUACAUGUGUCAACGAUACUGCCAAUCUGCCCGAUACUGUGCUGAAUUUCAUCAGAUCCCAUCCACUUAUGGACAAAGCCGUAAAUCACGAGCACAACAAUCCAGUCUAUUAUAAGAGGGAUUUGGUCUUCACCAAGCUCGUCGUUGACAAAAUUCGCAUUGACAUCCUCAAUCAGGAAUACAUUGUUUACUAUGUGGGCACCAAUCUGGGUCGCGUUUACAAAAUUGUUCAGUAUUAUCGCAACGGCGAGUCGCUGUCCAAGCUGCUGGAUAUCUUUGAGGUGGCACCCAAUGAGGCCAUCCAGGUAAUGGAAAUCAGCCAGACACGUAAGAGCCUCUACAUUGGCACCGAUCAUCGCAUCAAGCAAAUCGAUUUGGCCAUGUGCAAUCGCCGUUACGACAACUGCUUCCGUUGCGUCCGUGAUCCGUACUGCGGCUGGGACAAGGAGGCCAACACGUGCCGGCCCUACGAGCUGGAUUUGCUGCAGGACGUGGCCAACGAAACAAGUGACAUUUGCGACUCUAGUGUCCUGAAAAAGAAAAUUGUGGUGACCUACGGCCAGAGUGUUCAUUUGGGUUGCUUUGUUAAAAUCCCCGAAGUGCUGAAAAAUGAGCAGGUGACCUGGUAUCAUCACUCCAAGGACAAGGGACGCUAUGAGAUUCGUUAUUCGCCCACCAAAUACAUUGAGACCACGGAACGUGGCCUGGUUGUGGUUUCGGUGAAUGAAGCCGAUGGCGGUCGCUACGAUUGCCAUUUGGGUGGUUCGCUAUUGUGCAGCUACAACAUCACAGUGGAUGCCCAUAGAUGCACUCCGCCGAACAAGAGUAAUGACUAUCAGAAAAUCUACUCGGACUGGUGCCACGAGUUCGAGAAAUAUAAAACAGCCAUGAAGUCCUGGGAAAAGAAGCAAGCGCAAUGCUCAACACGGCAGAACUUUAGCAGCAAUCAACAUCCGAAUGAGAUUUUCCGCAAGCCCAAUGUCUGAUAUCGUGAAGAGAGUCUUGCCCUCAAUAUGCCGUCAUCGUCGUCCAAUCAGUUUUAGUAAAUGCAAAGCGUAGAAGAUGAAUGAAUGCCAAUCUGCGCACAAUACAAAGCCGAGAAAAUCCCGGAGAAAAUCACUACAAGCAUUAUUAUUAUUAUUAUUAUUAUAAUUCAUCAUGGACAUCAUCAUAGAACAGAAAACACUUGAAACACUCUUCCUAAAGGAUUAUGCAUUUACUGGAGGCAUUUACAAUGCAUUCAUUGACUUAGACUUAGACUUUAUAGGGUAUUAUUAUCGCAUGACACAGCUCUCCUUGAACACACACACAUCUAUAUAUAAAUAUACUAAAGAUACGCCACGAACCCAUAGUUAGCUACGACAAUUGAUCAAUUGAGAUACGACGAGUUGUAAAACUGCCGCAUAAUCGCACAUUCAUAUCGUUAUUUGAAUCUAGACUUUGAUCAGUUUCAGCAUAAUAUAUACCAUAUACAUAUAACCGAACUUUGAACUUUCAAGGCAAAUGUAAUCGAAGAAGCAAUGUGAUGUUAAGUUUUGAUAAAUUUAUUAACAGCCCAACUACAUGCAUACAUACAUACAUAAUCGCAAUGAACACAAUAUACAUAAAUGUACUAUAUCGACACAUAAAUCGAGUUGAAUCAGCCCUAAAUCGAAUACAAUUCUAAUUAAACGGGAAGCUAUCCUUAGAUAAACCUCAAUCACACAAGCAAUACUCGCCUAACGUGCAUCGACAUACUUCACUCGAAUCGGUCCAUAGCUUAUAUAUAUAAAUACUCCAUUCAAAUAUCAACAAUUGAACAUUAAUUCUAAAUACCUAUUGUAUCCUCCAUCUUGCCCACGCCGAACAAGUGACAAAACAAGUAUUUCGAUUUUGAUUUUAAGUGUCUUGCAGCACUCUCUUCAGACUUAAUGUACUUAAGGUAAUUUGCAUAAACAAAAAGAAAAUCUUUAGUUGUUAAGCGUUUAGUUAUUAAUAAAGUGAGACAAGAAACAUUUUAAUAAAAAAACAAAAUCUAUUUAAAAUUA